AUGACCAAUUUCACCACAGUGACUGAGUUUCUCCUCACGGGCUUUGCUGAGAAGUGGGAGAUAAGGCUUCUGUUCUUCCUGCUAUUCCUUCUGAUGUACCUGGCCACACUCACAGGGAACAUUCUUAUCAUCAGUGCCACCACAGUUGAUCAGAAACUUCACAUGCCCAUGUACUUUUUCCUCAGGAACCUGUCCAUCCUAGACGUGUGCUAUGUUUCUGUCACUGUGCCCAAUGCCUGUGUCAACUAUGUCACUGAUAACUGGGCUAUCUCAGUGGCUGGCUGUGCAACCCAGAUAUUCUUGGUCAUUUAUUUUGCAUUUGUAGAGAUUCUGUUUCUCAUGUUCAUGGCCCGUGACCGCUAUGUGGCCAUCUGCCAGCCCCUCCACUACCCUGUCAUCAUGAACCAUCAAUUCUGUGUGCGGAUGACACUAUUUUCCCUGCUUAGUGGUCUUAUCUAUGCAGGUGCACACACAGGUAAUGUAUUCCGGCUGUCCUUCUGUCAGUCCAAUGUGGUCCAACAGUUCUUCUGUGAUGUCCCCUCUCUGCUGAGCCUCUCCUGCUCUGACACCUUCAGCAAUUUCCUCUUACUUUUUGUUUCUAUUAUUGUAGUUGGUUGUGUUUCCUUUAUCUUUCUCACCGUGUCAUACUUUCACAUAUUUUCCACCAUACUGAAGUUUCCAACCAGAGAGCGAGGCAAGGCCUUUUCCACGUGUGUCCCUCACAUCCUGGUGGUGUCUGUCUUCCUCAGCUCUAUUGCCUAUGUGUACCUGAAGCCUUCAGCAACUUCUGAAACCAUCCAGGACAUGAUUCUUUCUGUAUUUUACACCAUAGUUCCUCCUUUCUUGAAUCCUAUUAUUUACAGUCUUAGAAACAAACAGGUAAAAGAAGCUGUAAGGAAAUUAAUAGUUUUUCUCCAAGAAAGUAAAAAGUUUCCCUUUCAGGUUCAUCCCUGUGUUGCUGAAUAA